UAAGAAGACGGGCCGGAUUAGCUUAGGCGAAGUGCAAAGGCCUUUUAAAGCUAACAUAACCAACCCAACCAGAAUAACAAUAAUAAUUAUCAACCGUCUGCUCCGUUUGUACUUAGCAUGUUGUCUCACGAACAGAAGCGGGUGUGGAGGUACGUGGAGGAGGGCAGUUUAUUGAAGCUGAAGUCGUACUUGAGGAAGCACCGGGACCUGGAUGUGAAUUUCUCCCAGGGCAGGAGGCAGAGGAGCCCGCUGCACCUCGCCUGCUGCCUGGGAGACGACGCCGCGCUGCGGCUGCUGUUAAAGCACGGAGCCGAUGUUCUCCAGAGGAACCGUAAAGGAGACACGGCGCUGCACACAGCAGCCAACAGGGCUCUUAAACACGGGAAGACAGCGUAUGAUGACCUGGUUGUGCCCCUUAAAAAGAGCUGUCCAGAGGCCAUGACUGCUCCUAACAGCGCCGGAGUCACACCUCAAGACCUGCUCAACUGGAUGAAACAUACAGAGACUCCAGAAAACAUGACUCGUCCAUCUGAAAAAGACCCUGAGAAGGAGUGGUUGAAGAAGCUAUUUGAUGAAUGCGAAGAUGAAUUCUGUGAAAGUUUUGGAGUAUAUGAUGCUGAUGAUUUUCUUCCUGUUGAUGAAGAUGAGGAAGACUUUGGGGACUGGGCUGAUCGCAUUAGGAAUGAAUACUUCAGUAAAAAGCACGCUGAAGCUCAAAGACUAGCAGCAGCAUCGUCUUCUGGGUGGAAAAGGAAGAAGAGUAAGGAAGAGAGGGAGCAGGAAGAGCAAAGUCGCAAGGAGCUGCAUAAAAAGCUGCAGAGGGAACAUGAAGAGUAUCUGGCUCGAGCAGCACGUAAAGAGGAAGAGACUCGGCAGGGCAAGAAGCGCAGGUAUGACGAAAGGUGUGCAGCUACUUUCCAUGGCAGCUCUUCAGAUGGCAGCACAAAGCUGAGCUACGGUGACAUCCCCUGGCCAGCUCCAAGAGGUACAGUGCAGGAAAUGGUGGAUGUGAUGCUGCACGGUGUCAACCGAAAAGACGUGCCGGUGUUUCGUAAAGUGCUGCGGAAGCAGCAAACGCUGUGGCAUCCUGACAAAUUUGCUCAGAGAUGUGAAGCCCGGUUAGAGGAGAAGGACAAGCAGAGGAUCCUAGAUACAGUCACAGCUCUGUCACAGGAGCUGAACAGACUGGCGCAGAGUCUGAGGACUUAAGAUCACAAUAUAAUUGUAGAUAAAAUUUUUAAAAAGGUUUUUUUUUUCUUCUGGAAAAGUGUGUAUAUAAAACGAUACAAGCUAUAUUCAGAUUUAAUGCCAUUUAUGCUAAAAUGUAUAACGAAUUGCAUACCUUUUCCACUGCAAUUUAUCAUAGCUUUAUUAAUUUAUGAAUCAUUUUUUAUAGCACAGGUGGUAGUCAGGAUAAGCCAGCAGUCAUCAGGUGAGGGAUUUGAUCCCCAGCUCCUCCUGUCCACAUGUCAAAGUGUCUACAGUCCCACUACUUUAGACACCGAACCCCAUUGUGCACCCAGUGUGUGAAUGUGUGAGGGAAAAAAUAUGAGUCCUUUAGGUGAAAAACAAUGUUGAGUAAAUGUACUGUAUUGUGAGUCUGUUGUUGCAGAAUUAAAACAGAGUGGUUUUGAUUCUGGGUUGAACGCUGGACAUAAACGUGCUUUUCUAUAAUACCUGACUUAAAAAAAAUAAAUAGACAAUAUCAGAUUUCUGAAACGC